AUGUCGGUGGAGGGCCAACGAUGCCUGUGUGUUGUAGUGCUACUCAUACACACGGUCACAGGCGCCGGAGAAGGUCCAUCAUCAGCAAUACCAACCUCCUCUUCAUCAUCAGUGAAACCGGAUCAGAACGAGCUGACAGUCACCUUCCCUCCACUUGAUGACCUAUACAGCAACACUCCUGAGAAGCACUUUGGAACUGAGAACAAUACAGUGGUGACGUCACAGACAGGGUCCACUGCUUUACUGCCGUGUGUCAUCAGGAAUAUUGGAGAUGGAAUUGUAUCAUGGAUAAGAAGAAAAGACUACCACCUACUAACAGUUGGCCUGACCACAUACAGUUCAGACCAAAGGUUUCAGGCCAUUCACUUACAGCAUUCAGAGGACUGGACGCUGAAAGUGAGAUUUGUACAGAAGAGGGACGCUGGCAUCUAUGAGUGCCAAGUGUCCUCCCACCCUCCUACUAGCAUCUUUCUAAGACUUGACGUCGUUGAGGCGCGAGCACAGAUCUCCGGGCCUACGGAAAAGUAUCUGAAGCCUGGAUCGACGUUACGACUUCAGUGCUCCGUGGUACAAACUACAGAAGCGCCUGCUUUUGUGUUCUGGUACCACAACAGCAGAAUGAUAAACUACGACGUGGAACGAGGUAUCAACGUCACCACAGACCCGGUACAGAGACUAUCAGAUCUGCUGAUACCCGCAGCCAGCGUGUCGCAUGCAGGGAACUACACCUGUGUGCCAAACAACGCUGUUCCUGCUAGUAUAUACGUCCAUAUUUUUAAUGGUGAAAACCCCGCCGCUAUGCAGUCUUCUUCGCCUAGUUUCAUCAACCGUCUACAUAAUAUCUUAUUACCAACCCUCAUCAGUUAUAAUCUGAUACGGUGA